UUUACUCACCGGGAGACAUGUCCGGUCGCGGCAAAGGCGGGAAGGGUCUGGGCAAGGGGGGCGCCAAGCGCCACCGCAAGGUGCUGCGCGACAACAUCCAGGGCAUCACCAAGCCCGCCAUCCGGCGGCUGGCCCGGCGCGGCGGCGUCAAGCGCAUCUCCGGCCUCAUCUACGAGGAGACCCGCGGGGUGCUCAAGGUGUUCCUGGAGAACGUGAUCCGGGACGCCGUCACCUACACGGAGCACGCCAAGCGCAAGACGGUCACGGCCAUGGACGUGGUGUACGCGCUCAAGCGCCAGGGCCGCACCCUCUACGGCUUCGGGGGCUAAGACUUUGCCUCCGAGAAGUGAAUUCUUUGCCAAUCCUAAAGGCCCUUUUCAGGGCCACCUAUCCAUGCACUAGAAGGAGCGAGCGACGCUGUUUAUUUCCUUCUCGUGGGAACUGAGGUGACUGAAUGUAUUUUGCGAUCUGAGUUCCAUGACUUCCGUAUAAUUUAGCCAUGUUUACUCCUUGUCCGGGGGCAUUAAACACAAGGCAGCCUUUAAGAUUUAUGUUCACGGGCUGUGUCUACAUGAGAUUGUUUUCUCAUGUUUGAAACAUUUUUCAAAUCCAGUUGCUAUCUGGAAAUAAAGCUUGAAUAUGAACUGGAGGAAACACCAUUAGCCUACUCUGUUCAAGAAAAAGCAAAGUGAGAAUGCCCAGCUACUACGUGGUAACUAGGGGGAAGGGUUUGAUGUGAGAAGCUUAGACCGAGCUGUAGACUGCGGCCACCUAUAAGCAAGCCUCCUAGGUGGCACGUGGGGACUUUUUCGCGCCUUUUCUCCCUCAUAUUUGGAUUAUGUAAAAUUAUUGCCAAUAAAAUGUAUAU